GUCGGGUCUUCUCACUUCGGGUCACUUUAUGUAUUUGAACCCUCAAAUACAUAUGAUGCCGAUCGGGUUCUCUAAAUUCCCUCAUCCCCAUCUGUGAAAUCUCCUUCUUUUGAUCCGUUCUUACAGGGAAACGUUGGAAAAGAAAAUAAACUGCGGAAGUAAUGCUUUUAUGUCGUUUUGGUUUUUGGAUGGACGGACUUGUUCCAGCUAUUUGGGACUAAUGGCUUGAGUUUUUUACCCAUUCCGCCAUUUUAAACACAAAAUGAAGGAAAUAAAGAGAUGUAAACAUAAUUGUAUUGAAUUAUACAACUUUAAAUGGCGGGCAGAGCUCAAAUUCCCAAUAAAAGCUCAGCGCUUAUUGCGAUGAUUGCUGAUGAGGACACUGUAACUGGCUUUUUGCUGGCCGGUGUGGGAAAUGUCGACUUGCGGAGAAAGACAAACUAUCUUAUUGUUGAUUCAAAAACAACAGUCAAAGCAAUUGAAGAUGCAUUCAAAGAGUUCACUACAAAGGAGGAUAUUGCUAUUGUUUUAAUCAGCCAAUAUGUUGCAAAUAUGAUUAGGUUUCUGGUCGAUAGCUACAAUAAGCCCGUACCAGCUAUUUUGGAGAUCCCUUCCAAGGAUCAUCCUUAUGAUCCUGCUCAUGAUUCGGUUCUUUCACGUGUCAAGUAUCUCUUCUCUGCUGAAUCUGUGGCAUCAGGACGACGAUGAGUAUGUCUAUAAGUUCCGCUCUGCAGGAUGUGAACACAAAAAAUUUCUAGUUAAUGGCUACCUGUGCUCUGCUUUUGUGCACGCAACUGUAUGCCGUGCUUUGUAUUGAUUGAUUUAUCUGAAUACUUUAUGUUCUCUUUUUGUGUUCAAUAAUGAAUUAUUGAUGCGAUAUGAAUUCUGGUUAUGAUGAUUAAAGGGAAAAAUUGCCAUAUAAAAA